ACGUGACGCUGCGGGGCCUGGAGAUCGGCCUGCUGACCAUGAAGAAGGGCGAGGUGGCGAGAUUCUUCUUCGAGCCCGAGUACGCCUACGGGCGGCAGGGCUGCCCGCCGCUCGUCCCGCCGAGCGCCACCGUCAUAUUCGAGGUGGAGCUGCUGGACUUCCUCGACUCGGGCGAAGCGGACGCGUUCUUUGACUUGACGGCU